AUAGUUUGCUAAAAUUUAUGCCAAACCCUAAUCCCGAAACCGCAGUAUCGCUGUCGUCGAUGAUCUAUUCGGUUCUGGCGUUUGUCUUAUAUCGGCAACAAUUGCAACAAUCAGUUUGUCAACGAUCGGAAUGGUUGGACAGCUAUCACUAUAUUGUUGUCGGCGCCGGUGCGGCCGGUUCGGUAGUGGCCAAACGUUUGGCCGAAAAUCCACGCAUACGUGUACUGUUGUUGGAGGCCGGCGGUCCGGCCAAUUUGGCUACCGAUUUGGCAGUUUACAAUUCGGACUGGUUUGACCAACACGACUGGCUGUAUACGAGUGUACCGCAAAAAUUUCUCGGACAAUCGGCCAUAAAUCGUGAACAGAUAUUAAAUAGCGGUAAAGUAGUAGGUGGGUCGGCCUCAUUGAACGCUAUGAUCUACAAUAGAGGCAACAAACGAUGUUAUGAUGAAUGGGCCAAUGAAUAUGGAGCUAGUGGUUGGGCCUACAAUCAAGUGUUACCGUAUUUUAAGAAAUCCGAGAACAAUAGCGAUCCGCAGAUUGUUGGCCAAAAUCAAGGAUAUCACGGAACGACUGGUCCCCUGUCAGUCACGUCCUACACAAAUAUUACCGAAUCGAUGGCCGCCUACUAUCGGACAGUCACUGAACUGGGCUAUCCUACAGUUGAUAUCAAUGGCAACAGUCAAUCGGGUAUCUGUUUGUCGCAGUUUACUAUCAAUUCAGAAACUAAUCUGAGAUCGAGUACCAGUAAUGCCUAUUUGGUGCCUAAUCUACACUUGAAAAACUUGCAUAUUGUUUGCAUGUCUCACGUGACACGUGUUUUAUUUGAGGGAACAAUAGCUGUUGGGGUAGAGUUUAUGAGAAACGGCGACCGAUAUGAGGUGUUUGCCGACAAUGAAGUUAUAUUAAGCGCCGGUGCUAUUGGAACACCAAAACUACUGCUGCUGUCUGGCAUCGGACCUGAGGCUCAUCUAAACUCACUGGACAUACCAGUGUUGGCCGAUCUGCCCGUUGGCUCAUAUCUAAAAGAUCACGUUGCUGUACCGUUAUAUUUUCUACUUAAAAACGAUACCCGUCCGGCCAUACGACCGGAACUAACACCCGACCAGUUAUACCAGUUUUAUGUCGACCGGAGCGGUCCACUGAUGCCUAGCACGAUGAUUGUUCACUACUAUGGCACUGAUAUCUAUGAGGACAGUGAUGAAUAUCCAGACACGGCUAUCUUUACAAGAAUGGAACGACCUAUAAAAAGUCUAACUGAUUGGACAAAAGGUUUCGAUAGGUCUGUGCGCAAGGAAUGGGAUGCCUAUUAUAGGCCAUACGUCGGGCACCAGAUUUUCUAUCCGUUAGUCGUUUUGAAGAGAAUCAAAAGUGAAGGCAAUGUUAAAUUAAAAUCUACCGAUCCGUUUGAUAAUCCGUUGGUCGAUCCGAAAUACCUGUCCAACAGUGACGAUAUGUCAGCACUGGAAGAGGCAAUAAAAUUUGUUUAUUACAUACUGGAGAAGACACCGUUUGGCAAUUAUAUAGAAAUACCAAGAGCUAUACCCCGGUGCCAGUACUGUCGCGAUCAACCCAUACACCAGUGCGACCAAUAUAUUAAGUGUUUGAUUCGCGAGAUUGGUGCCAAUGAUCAUCACUUUUGCGGCACCUGUCGUAUGGGUGAUCCCGAACGCGACGAUACUGUAGUAGACGAACGAUUGCGGGUAAAAUUUGUGGACAAUUUGCGGGUAAUCGAUGCAUCGGUAAUGCCCGAUAUAGUCAAUAGUAAUAUCAAUGCCGGCACUAUUAUGAUUGCCGAAAAAGGCUCACAAAUGAUCAAAGAAGAUAAUAGACGACACACUAAAAAAUAUUGA